AUGUCUUCUCUCUCCAUCCUUCUCAAAUCCUGGCAACCCACAAUACACAUGGGCGUCUGCCCACCUCCGCGAACAAAUGGAUUCGAGAGUCUUCACAUGUGA